AUGUCUGUAACCAAUCCCCUCAACGUCUUCAAAGGCACCGAGUCCAUAAAAAACUUCUUUAAUCCAGAUGAACAACCUCCCGUGCCGUUGGUUGAGCUACCCCCAAAGCUCAACCCAUAUCAUGCAGAUGGCGUGCGAAUUUACGCGAAGCUGCUCACCUGCCUUCCAGCGCAGAAUGUGAAAGCUUUACCGGCACUGAAUAUGCUCCUUCACGACCCCUCCUCCGCAAACAAAAAGGUCGUGGAAGUCAGUUCCGGGUCCACUGUCACCUCACUAGCCAUCACUGCUCGAGUACUCUACGAUAACGACAACUCUACCGCCUACGUCUCAAAUAAAGCCGCACUGGACCGUGUCUGCGAACUCCAGUUUUACGGUCUCAAGGUCGAUCUGUACGGCGGACCAACAUACACCGAGACCACUGAUCCACGGGGACCAGUGGAAUGGGCUCGCGGACCCGGCAAGCGAAGCGACAAAGUCGUGAAUCUGGGUCAAUACGAUAACGAAUAUAACUGGAAGUCGCAUGAGCGGUGGACGGGACCCCAAAUCUGGAGACAAUUGCCUGAGAUCAACGUCUUCUGUAUGGGGAUGGGAAGUACGGGUUGCGUGACUGGCACGGGCAAGUAUCUGAAGUCCCAGAAGCCCGAGCUCAAGGUCGUGGGUGUUUGUAAUGCUGAGGCGGAUAUUAUCCCUGGGCCUAGGGAGAAACCGAUGCAUAAGACGAGUCCCUUUCCGUGGAAGGCCGUGGUUGAUUUUCUUGAGGUGGCGUCGUCCAAGGACUCGUACCGUUUGUCUUUGAGACUUUCUCGGGAAGGAAUCAUUGCUGGUCCUUCGAGUGGAAUAGCGCUGCAGGGGCUGUUUGAGUUCAUUGAAAGGGAGAAGAAGAACGGCACACUGGCAAGCUGCGCGGACCCGAGGACUGGGGAGGUCUCGUGUGUUUUUGUCUGCUGUGAUCUGCCGCAGAAGCAUAUCGAGACCUACUUCAAGAAGCUUGGUCCUGAGGAAUUCAAGCCAAUUGGAAAUCAGGUUAGUACAGAAAGAGGACGAUAUCAGGGGGCCCAGGGGUCUAACUGGCUACAGGAACUAUUCAAAGUGGACCAGAACGUGUACAGCUUCCGCUGGGAGAUCGACCCUCAGGAAAUUCUUGACGUAAUGCCCGAAAUCGUAGAAGAGGUCAAGAAGGCUCGGCUUGUCAGGGGCGACGAAGCCCUAACAAACGGAGCAGCUGAAUUGCCUUCAGGCGCUUUCAGUGCACCACUGCCGGGUUUGACUGCUGAUACCAUAACGCCGUUUAAUUUCGACGAAAUCAACAAGCUCGUUGAACAGUACAAGGGAUUGGAAAGCUUGCUUGAGGACCAGCAAAUUUCAGAGUGGAUCUUCAAGGAGGGACCUCCCGUGGUUGUCGUCGAUUACAAUGGAGAUACUUCGCGUAUCCUGGUGGCAUCUCUGAGGGCCAAGGGUGUUGAGGCGUAUACUUUCAUAGACGGUGUCCCUGGGCUUCAGAAGUACCUUGACAGUUUGAGGUCUUAA